AAACAACCCGUCUAAUGAGCCAGGCCCAGCAAUAAAUACAAUCCAUGCCCAAGCCAAGACAACGAACAGUCAAACAACUAAGUGAUACAGAGCUAAAAGUUCCAGUUCAACAUGUCUGAGAGUUCGUCCCUCACCAUGAUCUCGGUGUACGAAGAGGAUCAAUUGCUCAAUCGCGUGACUCAAGCCCUAGCCCAAACCCAAGGGCCGCCUGCCUUGAACUCUGCCGAGCGGUCAGCCCUCCAAAGAUUGGCCCGCAAAUUGAAGGUUCGACGCAUCCAAAGGCGAAAUGCCCUCCCCGUGUUCGACCUGGAUAUGAAGGCUCGACAAAUUUGUGAGAAGCACCUCAUCCGGGCCCAAGGAGCGGGCCCAGUGGCACGGCGAGAGCGGCAAAAUCAUCGUGAAUCGCCGAUGUUCGAUUCAUCAUCUGAUGCCUCUGUUACGAGUUCAUCCCGAGUUUUGGACCGAUUUCAAUUCACGGAUGAUCCCCGCCAUUGGCGCCCAUCGGGCUUAUUAAGCCCGGUCUCGCAUUUGAUCCCCAAAGAUGCCAUUUGGACGGUGCGACAGAGCCCGUAUACGGGGCGAGAACUGAAGCCGUUUAUUCGAAGGGAUCAGGAGAGUCUGCCUUUGAAGUUAAAACUUCACCAGGAACUGAAGACGGCCAUCACCGGGCGAUCUUGCAAGCGAUAUCCCGUGGAUUUUUGUUACUUUACGCCUCACCACGUACGAACCAUAAAUGGCAUGGCUAAUCAAUUCUUCUGGCCAGGGAUUGAUGUGACCGAGAACCUUCAAUACCCGGAUUUUAGUUGUGUGGCUCUGUACCGGCAAAUGGUGGUGGGUUUUGCGUUCCUGGUGCCCAACGUGAGCCACACCGAUGCCUAUGUGUCCUUUUUGUUCGUACACCCUGAUUGGCGACGUGGAGGAAUUGCCAAGUUCAUGAUCUAUCAUCUCAUUCAGUCUUGCGCCGGUCGCGAUAUUACACUUCACGUUUCGGCCAACAAUCCCGCGGUGAUGCUUUAUCAAAAUUUUGGAUUCAAGGUGGAAGAACGGAUCUUGGACUUUUACGACAAAUACCUACCGUCGGAAUCCAAGGAAUGUAAACACGCGCUCUUCUUGAGACUGUCGAGAUAAGCUUUACGUGAAUUAAAACAUACUUACAUAUA